AUGACCGUCACGAGGAGCCAGACGGGCAAGACGCCCAGAAAGCCAGAAUUGCCCGAGGGCUUUGUUGAAACACCAUCGAGAAAGCGUUCAACGCGCAAGACGGCCGACUCUGGUCGCACUGCCUCGCCGUCGCCCUCAAUCACCGGCUCGAAAACUCCCCUUGUCGACGCCCCUGCCAGCGAGAAGACCAAUGGCCACGCCAAUGGCUCGUCCAAGAAGGGCAAGAAGCGCAUCAUCGAUGGCUGGCUGGAGGGUUCUGACCCUAAGGUGGACGCGGACCCUCACUACGAGUUUGGUGGCAGCGCUGGAGUCACGGCCAUGAUGCUCGGCUUCCCUGUCCUCAUGUGGUACAUGUGGGUCGGCGCUACCUACUACGACGGUGGCUUCCCUACGCGCGAGUCUUCCGAGCAGUCGUGGUCAGACUUUGGCAAGCAGCUCUUCAGCCUGGCCUACAACGGUGCCUUCCCUCACGCAAAGGCAUGGGUCAUCUACUGGUCCUUCUUCGUCUUCGAGGGCAUCUGCUACCUGUUCAUGCCCGGCGUGUACAGCAAGGGCAAGGCUCUUCCUCACAUGGGUGACAAGCAGCUCCUCUACUAUUGCUCCGGUGUCUCAUCUUUCUACCUGACCAUUGUCCUCGCCUUGACGCUCCACGCCACUGGCCUCUUCAAGCUCUACACUCUGAUCGACGAGUUCGGUCCUCUGAUGUCAGUCGCCAUCCUGUCUGGCUUCAUUGUCUCGAUUGUCGCCUACGUCUCUGCUCUUAUGCGCGGCGCGCAGCACAGAAUGACCGGUCACCACAUCUAUGACUUCUUCAUGGGUGCUGAGUUGAACCCUCGUAUGUUUGGCUGGCUCGACUUCAAGAUGUUCUUCGAGGUCCGUCUCCCUUGGUUCAUCUUGUUCCUUGUCACCCUCGGAGGCUGCGCUCGUCAAUACGAGCAGUACGGCUAUGUCACUGGCGAGAUGGCCUUCUUGCUCAUGGCUCACUUCUUGUAUGCCAACGCCUGCUGCAAGGGUGAGGAGAUGAUCCCUAUCACCUGGGACAUGUACUACGAGAAGUGGGGUUUCAUGCUCAUCUUCUGGAACUUGGCCGGUGUACCUCUGUCUUACUGCCACUGCACCAUCUUCCUUGCCAACCACGAUCCCGAAGUCUACGCGCACUCCUGGCCCGUCCUUGUCUGGUUCUUCACCAGCUACCUCUUUGCCUACUGGGUGUGGGACACUGGCAACUCGCAAAAGAACAUGUUCCGCGCUCAAGAGCGUGGCUCCGAGUUGAACCGCAAGACCUUCCCUCAACUGCCCUGGAAGGCUGUCAAGAACCCUCAGAAGAUCGAGACCGACACUGGCAACGCUCUUCUCUGCGAUGGUUGGUACAAGUACGCCCGUAAGAUCCACUACACUUGCGACAUGUACUUUGCCCUCUGUUGGGGUCUGAUCACCGGCUUCAACUCGCCUUUCCCUUGGUUCUACCCUGUUUUCUUCGGCCUCAUGAUUGUACACCGCGCUUCGCGUGACAUUCAGCGUUGCAGAGAAAAGUAUGGAGAGGCCUGGAAGGAGUAUGAGAGACGUUGCCCUUACCUUUUCAUCCCUGUAAGUUUCCUGACUAUCUCCUGUUGA